AUGCUCGUGGCUACAAUAUAUCAAUACCUCUUCUUUCUUCUCGCUACUGUGUGGGCUAUUCAGGAACAAGAUGAGUUUGAUUUGAUUCGUGACCAGCAUUUCGAAGACGAUGAUGCUUCAUACGAAAGACUUUCCCAUGACUCAUUACUUUGGGGUCCUUACAACUCAGGCCGGUACUUAGGCAUCCGCCCAAGGAUUCCAGAAUCACUUCUAUCGGGCCUUAUGUGGUUCAAUGUUGAUUCUCAGUUAGGCGUUGGUCAGGCUCGUGACUUUUACGAGCAAGGAGACAAUAUGGCUAGAGCCAACUGGGUCCAAUUCGAUCCCCGUUUAGGAGGAAGACAAGUCAUUCAUGACAACGAUUGUCACAUCAACAUCACAAUUGACUUUGUGAAAAGUGAGAAUGGCCGUAAUUGGGCGGUGAAGAUUAAGCUGGUUCCUCAUGCGGGCCACGAAUCGGUGAAAACCUCCUUUGUAUGGUACUCGGGCCUCCAGGGCGAGAGGAAGAGCGAUGGCACAAACGUUGCAAAUGAGGGAGUCUUGAAGCUUGACAUACCGCGUAACGAGAAUGGGUACAAGGGUACCGUCAAGCUUUCUGGAUUUUCAGAGGAACUUGGGCUCUUUGAGAUCAAGAUUAAUGAUGGUGGAGAUCACACAAAGAAUAAGCACCCUAGUGCACCAAAGGGAACCAUGAAGGCUCUCAAUCCUAAACGAACACACCAUCUCAGUCUCCGUGUCCCAAAUCCCUCGGUUUGGCAAAACAGAGGAAUUUUCAUGACCUUAUUGAAGGACUCAGUGCAAGAUAUCUUAAGUACUUACGCCGAGGAGACUGACAAAUUCCCACCUCAUGUUGUUUACAACAUUCGUAAUAUGAAUAACUAUGAGGGUAACUUGCAUUUCGUACAAAAGAUGUUCGAAGGCGAAGCCGAAUUUGACGUCAUUUACACCGAUGUUGCUUCUCCUCCAACGGAGAGAUUCACUUUCGAGACUAUCCAAAGCAGAAUUGACGAGGUUUUGAGUAGAGUUAAUCGAAAAUUUCGAAAGAAUUUUCAACUCCACAAGUUUCUGGAUCGUCAGCAAGAGUUCGGCCAGGAGAUGUUAUCCGGACUCUUGGGUGGACUUUCCUAUUUCUAUGGUGACCAAUUGGUUGACAGACAGUCAGCAAUAGAUGCAGACGAAUUCCUUGUCAAUGAUGAUGAUGAUGAUGAUGGCGAGACUGAAAUCCCAAAGUUGAAAGGCGAUCUCGAAGGACCUUACGAGUUGUUUACUCUUGUUCCAUCUCGUCCCUUCUUUCCAAGAGGCUUCUACUGGGAUGAAGGAUUUCAUCUUCUUCCACUUUUGAAGUAUGACUCCGACUUGGCUUUGGAGAUCAUUAAGUCGUGGUUCAAUCUCAUUGAUGACGAUGGGUGGAUAGCGAGGGAACAGAUUUUGGGUGCAGAGUCAAGAUCAAGAGUACCAGCUGAAUUUCAAGUUCAGAGCCCAGCGAUCGUCAAUCCACCAACAUUGAUGCUUGCUUUUACAUACCUUCUCGACAGCUCGCAGAGGUACAAGUUUGAUGAGGCUGUGGAUUUAGGUGAAGGUGACUUGAAGAGCGACAUUGGUCAAGUUGUCUUGAAUAAUCCAGAAAUGCUUGCAAACUAUACUCGCCAGAUAUACCCAAAGCUCAAGCUGCAUUUCGAUAUGUUCCGUAGAACACAGCAAGGCUCAGUGGAGGAAUUCAACCGUGGUCAAAACAAGGAGGCAUACAGGUGGAGAGGGAGAACUGUAUCUCACAGUCUUGCCUCAGGUAUCGAUGACUAUCCUCGUCCAUUACCGCUCGAUGUGGCUGAGUUAAAUGUCGACCUCUUGUGCUGGAUGGGGGUUAUGACAAGGUCUAUAAGAAUGAUUGCCGGUAUUCUCGAAUUGAAGGAGGAUGAACAGCAUUUUGCGAAGGUCGAAAGCGAUAUUAUCGACAACUUAGCUGCACUUCACUGGUCAGAAGAGCAUAAAGCUUACUGUGAUGCCUCUGUUGAUGAUGAUGACGAGCACAUUCUCGUGUGCCACAAAGGCUACGUCUCUCUUUUCCCAUUCUUGACAAAAAUGGUUCCUGCCGAGAGCGUGGACAAGAUCGAGAGCAUUGUGGACAACUUGACCGACCCUGAGGAGCUUUGGUCUGAUUACGGUAUUAGAUCGCUUUCAAAGGCUGACGAGUUUUACAGAACCGGCGAGAACUACUGGAGAGCACCUGUGUGGAUUAACAUCAACUACCUAAUCUUGGAAAACUUACAGCACUACCACGAAAUCACAAAGCCGUACGCAAGCCGCCAACUUAAAGAGAAGAUAGAAAAGGCAUACUCUGAGCUCCGCCAGAAUUUGAUCAAGAAUGUGUAUCAGCAGUGGGAAAAGACAGGCUUUGUGUGGGAGUCGUAUGACGACCAGACAGGUGCCAACAAGGGAGCAAAAAACUUUUUGGGCUGGACUUCCACGGUAUUGCUUAUGAUGGAAAUGCCAGAAAAAUUAGACUAA